UUUUUUUUUUAACUCUGUGAUCUCAAUCAGUCUCUCUGACGGCGUUAGUCGGUAGUCUGUCCCGACCCUUUCAUCGCCUAGUUUAUUUAUAGCCUUCUGCCUCACUCCUCAUCUUCAAAGGCGGCUAUAUCCCUCCCAGCCGUCGCUCCAGGUUAUCCCUGCCAGGUUUUGCAAGCGCCGUUCCACAGAAGUCAAACCUCGAUGCCCGCCAGCGCCGUCCAUCUAAACUAACCGCCCUCCAACCGCCUCAACAACUCCAUCACACCUCUCCCCCGACCUAUAUCACUAAAAAAGCGUCCAACAAAAUGGACGCCCAAGCCUACCUCAUCCGUCACGGCUGGUCCGGACCAGGCAACCCACUAAAUCCCGACCGUCCACAGGGCGGCGGCCUUGGUCUCACAAGGCCCAUCCUCGUCGCGCGGCGCUCCGGCAACCAGGGUGUGGGCAAGAAGACGACCAAGGAUCCCACGAAUCAGUGGUGGCUGCGUGGGUUCGAGGAUGCGCUGAAGGGUAUGGGGCAGGAGAGUGUCAACGGUGCUGGGGCAGUGCCGAAGCCGAAUGCGUUGACGAGUGAAUUGUAUCGGUUUUUUGUGAGGGGGGAGGUCGUUCCUGGUACGAUUGACGGGAAAAAGAAGGUGGUGGCUGUGGAAGAAAGCAAGAAAAAGAGGAAAAGGAAGGAAGAGAGCGAGGCUGAGGAUGCUGAAGAGGCAAAGGCGCGGCGGAAGGAGGAGAAGCGCAGGAAGAGGAAGAUGAAGGAGGGUUCGUCCAGUGUGGAUGAGACGACACCUGAGGGCCGACCCGAGAGUAAAGAGGAGCGCAGACGGAGAAAGGAGGAGAAGAAGAGGAGGAAACAAGAGAAGGAGGUGAAAAAGCAGGAGGAGAGCAGUGCCGGCGAGGACGAGAAGGCCGCUCGCAAGGAGAAGAAGAGAAAGGAAAAGAAGAAGACGGAAAAACCAGAAGACGAAUAUCCUACUCCUCCAUCUACAGAGCCAGAGCAGGCGGAGUCCAGCAGUGGGCGGGACGAAUCCUCAGACACAACGGCAAAGCCGAAGACGAGAAAGGAGAAAGAGGAUUCGAAACAGGACAAAAACGCCCGGAAGAAAGGCGCCUCGUCCGAGGGCAGCACUAAAAAGAAGUCGAAAAAGUCGAAAAAGUCGACAAACGAGUGAUGUUGGCCCGUUCUUCAUGUACAGAUAGAUUUUCGUUCAUCAGAUCAGAUACCCAUUUGGCACUGCUACGCCGACUUGAUAAAAGUUCAUAUACCAUGUCAAUUUCUUUUUUCCCAGGC